UUCGCUGCUUAGUGCUGCUAUUGGCUGCUGAUGAUAUUAGGGCGUGUCUCACUGAGCCGUUGGACCUAUCACUCCACACUCACUGGAGUUUGAAUUCUGUACAGUACUGUAGUUGUGUUGCUGAGUGCUGGCUGGUGUCUCUGUGUACAUACAGUACCCUGCUGCUGGGACAGUAACCCCGAGCGCCCGGACCUGGGGCAGGAGCCGGCUGGAACAUGCUGUCCAUCUCCCCUCCGGCACUGACCGGACAGCAACAGACGCCGCAUGAGGAGACCCCGGUGCUCUCUCUCACACACUUCUCCCGGCCGCCCUUCCUCAGCUUUGGCUGUGUGAGGCCGGGCUCGGCUCGCAGCGCUGUGCUCUUGUUGCAGAAUCCUUCGGCAGACCCGGCCCAGGUGACGGUGCAGAAGCUGCCGAGGAAUCGCGGCUUCAGCGUCCCGGAGACUGAGAUCCUCGUACCGCCUUUUGAAACUGUGCCUCUGACAAUUACAUGGACCCCCUUAGAGGAAGGCGGUAUACGAGAACUAGUCACCUUUGUUCUGAAUGAUAUUGUGAAGCACCAAGCUGUACUUCUGGGACGAGCUGAACUACCAACAAAAAAAAAGAGAACCCGUUGGAAUGCAGCAAAAAAGAAACAUUCUCCAGUGGGAGGAAAAAAGGUUUCUGGACCGAAAAUGAAAGAUCAUUGCUUGACAGGUGUAAAAAGCAAAACAUUCAGUGUGACUCAAAAAAGUGGGUUUGAGAGAUUGGAGACAGCAAGGGGCCCUCUACAACCAUGUGAAAAUCUUUCCAAGCUAGUUCCUAGUACAUCCCAUGUAAGGGAACCUAGACUGAGUACAGAAAAUAGAUUGCCUACUAUCUUUGUCAGUCCACAUGCUAAUGAAUUACAGGAUGUCAACCUGGGAUCACUAAGGAGGUCAAAGACCUACCCUGUUUUGUGCACCACUGAGGAUACAACUUGUAUACGGACAAACAUUGUUAUUGAUGAAGAAUGGACUUUAACAGAACAUAUGGUAAAUAAAAUAUCCAUAUCACCAAUAAACCCAGUGCAUUGUCAAGAACAACAUUUGAAUCCUAUGCCAAGCAUCAUUAAUGACUUGAUAACUUACUCUCCAUUGUCUCCUGAUGAAUUUUAUAAAGCAGAGCUUGCUAUCAAACAUGAUGAUUCAGAACAAUCCUGCUUCUUUCAGCAGUCUUCACAUGAACGUUGCACAAAUGUGACCACCACAACUCAGACACCACCACUGAUUUUGUCCACACCACGGAGAAUAACUUUAAGCCCAGAUUCAUUUGUAAAUGACAUUUAUAUCUCUGAUAAACACUUAAAUGCAGCUCCCCAUACUCCAAUUUUGUCACCAGAUCAGUUUGUGAAAGAGAAUUAUCUUACGCCUUACUCAUUAGUGUUUAAUAAUUUGCCCGAAAAUAGUAUUGCGUCUAAAUCUCCAGUAGUUGAAGUUAAGACAAUGCAGUUUGUAAGUGAAUGUGUAGACAAAGUACUAUCUGAUAAGCCAUUGGAGGAUCCAGAGCUGGUGAGUUCUAGGCUAACCUAUUGUGUGAAAAAGAAGCAAGAGAGACUUGUUAAUUUGCCAGUGGCUGAUGACUGCCCUGUCACCAAGGGUCCUGUGAAACCCUUCAUAGUCUCAGCUACUGUUACAAAAGUAAAGGCUGGAGGUGGCAAUGAACUAAAAAAUCGACCCCAGCUGAAGUCCCGUAGGCGUUUGAGGAACAUUGAAUUGGAGGGCAAUGUAGUUUCUCCGCGGGUAUCUCAAGCCUUACCUGUGAUAAAUGUUGCAGAUUUGCCAGUUAUAAGUGUAUCAGUGACUUCGAGCUGUUCAGACUCAUCUGUGAAGGUGUCUCCUGCCAAGUCCAUCUGUGGUCACAAAAGGAAAAGUGAAGAGAUUUCUAAUGGUGCUGCUGUGACAUCCAGUGAGUCUUUGAAUGUUGCCAGUCGAGCAAAGAGGUCUUUUCUCCCCAAACCAUCUCUAUCACAAGAUGUAAACGAGCAAGAACCUCCGCGAGCCAGAGAAGUGUCUUUGCCAUUGAAAGCUGCUGGGGAAAUCCAUAAACUGAAAAUUGAAACCAUCAAAGCAAAACCCACCUUUGUAAAAUCUCACCAGACAGGUAAGAUGGGCACAUCACACCAGCAAUCUACUGGCGCCAAAUCCUUUAAGAGAGUUAUCGCUGUUCCACAGUCAAAACUGACCUUUAUAAGCUCAACCAAAACAGUCAUUCCUCGACACCCAAUGCCAUUUGCUGCUAAGAACAUGUUUUAUGAUGAGCGCUGGAUAGCAAAGCAAGAACGUGGAUUUACUUGGUGGCUUAACUUCAUUCUCACUCCAGAUGACUUUGCUGUGAAAACAGAUUCCAUGAAAGUUAAUGCAGCUGCCUUGAUACUGGGGCCUGAUAAUCACAAAGUGAGUGUGUUAAAGGCUCCAACCAAGGAAGAGGUCUCCCUUAAAGCUUACACAGCCCGAUGUAGGUUAAACAGGCUGAGGAGAUCUGCAUGCCGUCUCUUUACCUCCGACCCCGUAGUGAGAGCUAUACGGAGAUUGGAAGUAGAAAUUGAAGCUAGACGUCUUCUUGUCAGGAAAGACAGACAUCUGUGGAAGGAUGUUGGUGAACGUCAGAAAAUCCUGAACUGGCUUCUUUCCUAUAAUCCACUGUGGCUUCGUAUAGGACUGGAGACUAUAUUUGGCGAGCUAAUUUCUCUGGAAAGCAAUAGUGAUGUUACUGGCCUAGCUCUUUUCAUCUUGAAUCGUUUGCUCUGGAAUCCAGAUAUUGCAGCAGAAUAUAGACACCCUUCUGUACCACACUUGUAUCGUGAUGGUCAUGAAGAGGCUUUAUCCAAAUUUACACUUAAGAAACUAUUGCUACUGGUUUUCUUUCUCGAUUACGCCAAGCAGAACAGACUCAUCGAUCAUGAUCCUUGUUUAUUCUGUAAAGAUGCUGAAUUUAAGACCAGUAAAGAGCUCUUGCUAGCAUUCUCUCGUGACUUCCUGAGCGGAGAGGGAGACCUAUCACGCCACCUUAGUUAUUUGGGGCUACCUGUAUGUCAUACUCAGACCCCUCUUGAUGAGUUUGACUUUGCAGUGACAAACCUAGCAGUGGAUUUGCAGUGUGGUGUUCGUUUGGUAAGAACAAUGGAGCUUCUUACCGAAAACUGGAAUCUGUCUAAAAAACUGAGAGUUCCAGCAAUAAGUCGCUUGCAGAAAAUGCACAACGUAGAAGUUGCUUUGCAAGUUUUGACAAACAGGGGAGCUCAAAUCAAAGAUGAGCGUGGAACUUUCAUUACAUCUAAAGACAUCGUGGACCGACAUCGGGAGCGUACAUUGGCUCUGCUCUGGAACAUUGUUUUUACAUUUCAGGUGAACUUGUUACUCCAUAUUGACCAUUUAAAAGAGGAAAUACAGUUUCUAAAGCAUAGUUACAACAUACAAAAGAAGCUGGCCGCCCUCCGCGCGCUCUCCAUUCCCACCGCUACAAGAAAACGUGACAGUGAGCCUUUUAUACCUGAGAACUACAGUGAGCGAGUACUUUAUCUCAUGGAAUGGGUUAAUGCAGUGUGUGCCUUCUACAGCACAAAAGUUGAAAAUUUCACAGUGUCCUUUUCUGAUGGAAGAGUAUUCUGUUACCUAAUUAAUCAUUACCACCCCAGCUAUGUGCCAUUAAAUGCCAUAUGUCAGCGAACGACUCAGACCAUAGAAUGUAAUGAAAAUGGAACGGCAGGACUGAAUUCUUUCUCAGAUUCUGAUAACUCUUUGGAUAUGUGGCCUGGGAUAUGUGAUCAAGGUAUCCCUGUCUCAGAUUUGUAUAAGGAGCUACUUGAGAAUGAGAGAACAAAUUUCAGUCUUGUACAAACGGCUGUAUCGAACCUUGGAGGAAUUCCUGCAAUGAUCCAUCACUCAGAUAUGUCUAAUACAAUACCAGAUGAAAAGAUAGUUAUUACGUUCCUUUCAUACCUCUGUGCCCGAUUUUUGGAUAUUUGCAAGGAAGCUAGGGCAGCUCGGGUGAUUCAGGGUGCGUGGAGAAAGUACAAACUGACAUCAGAAGAGCAGUUAUUACAGAAGAAGCACAAGGCUGCCCGUGUUAUCCAGCUGGCUGUCCGUAAAUUUCUGACACGGCAUCAGAUGUUGAAGAGAGUGCUAUCUGCAGUAGUUAUCCAAAAACACUGGAGAAGAUAUUUGGCACACAAGCAACUAGUUAUGCUGAAAACGCACAAACAAAAUGCUGUUGAGACUGCUGCAGCUGUAGUCAUCCAGAGACAUUGGAGAGGUUAUGGAGCCAGAAAAUACUACAGAGCAUUGCUUCGAAACGUAGUUCUUAUGCAAGCAAGAGUCAGAGCAAACAUCGCUGUUGUAUCAUUCAAGCAGAAAAUAUGCGCUGUUAGAACUCUCCAGAUGUAUGUGCGUUCUUGGCUGGUGGCUACGACGGAACGUGAAAGUUAUCUUCAGCUGAAAACGGCUACCCUAGUCAUCCAAUUGGCUUUCAGGAGAUGGAAACAUAAGAGGAUAAAGAGAGAAAGGAAUGCUGCAUUAGUGCUUCAAAGAGCUUACCGGAGAUGGCGGGUCCUCAAACAGGAAGAGAAGAGAAGCGCUGCUAUUGCUAUUCAGUCCAUGUAUCGUAUGUCCAGGGAAAGAUGUAAAUAUCUCGCCAUGCGGGCAGCAGCAAUAAAGAUACAGUCUGUGGUUAAAAUGAGGCAGGAAAGAAUCAAUUAUGUUGUUCUAAGGCGGAGGGUGAUCUUUAUCCAAAGACUGUAUCGUGCUAACUACAUGCUCAAAGAACAACUACCCUUCCUUAAAGUGAGGCAAGCCUGUGUUAUAAUACAAUGUGCCAUAAAGGGAUACCUGGUGAGAAAAAAGAUAAAACUGUGGCAUAAAGCUGCAACAACAUUGCAAGCAAACUACAGAAUGCACAGGGAAAGAAAGAGGUAUCUUACGUAUUACAGAGCUGCUCUUGUAAUUCAGGAGAGAUUUCAGGCACACAAGGAGUGUGCUCUUCAAAGAGAAAUCUUUUGCCACAUGAAACAAUCCAUUAUCCAAAUACAAGCAGCAUACAGAGGCUACAUUGUACGUAAAAGGAUAAAACUUGAGCAUGUUGCAGCAAUAUCUAUACAGAGCACCUACCGAUGUUACAGAUCUAGGAAGCGGUAUGUGAAAAUAAGGCAGGCUGCUCUCACUAUUCAGUGGUGGUACGCUGGCCAGAAGUGUCUGAAGAGAGAAAAGGAACAGUUUGUGAGAACAAAAACAGCUGCUACUACUAUACAAGCAGCAUACCACGGUUGGAAAGCUAGAAAAGAACUUCACAAGCAGAAUGUGUCUGCAAUCAUUAUUCAGUCUACAAUAAGAAGAUUUAUUGCUCAAAAGGGUUACCAAGAACUAAAGAAGGCAAUCCUUACCAUCCAGAAGCACUACCGGGCAAUGCUGACUGGCAGGAAGGAGAGGCAAACGUAUCUUCAGAUGUGUCUGCUUGUAAGAAAGAUGCAAGCUGUCUGGAGGGGCAGAAAAGUCAGGAUGGAGAUCCAGAGGGUGCACCAACAGGCAACUCUAAUACAGUCCUAUUAUAGAAUGCAUGUCUGCCACCACAAGUAUAAAGCCAUGAAACAAUCUGUACAGGUCAUUCAGUGUCGCUACAGAGCCCAUAUCGCGGGAAAGGCUCAGCGAUCGCUUUAUCUAAGAACAAAAGCAGCAGUAACUCUCCUCCAAGCUGCCUAUCGAGGAUGGAAGACCAGGAAGAACAUACUAGAGCUCCAUAAAUCUGCUGGUGUUAUACAGGCCUCAUACCGCUCCUUCAGACUGCGUAAACAAUACCUUAAUUUGAGGAUGGCAACAAUCUCCAUACAAAGGUGGUACCGCGCCAUAGUUACUGCUAGGAUUCCCAGAGCAGAAUACAUUCACUUCAGAAGAAAUGUUCUUAAAUUGCAGUCUAUGUACAGAGGUAUGAAAGCCAGGCAAAAAAUAAUGCAUAUGCAUAAAUCUGCAAUUUUGCUCCAGUCUGUGUUUAAGAUGUACGAGAAGAGAGCAAAAUAUCAGGCAGUGAGAAAGGCAGCUGUUUUACUGCAGCGGCGGUAUAGAGCUGUAUUGGAGGGCAGGAAGGUACGGAAAUGUUACGUGUCCCUCAUGAAUGCGGCUUGCACUAUGCAAGCUGCAUGGAGAGGCAGGAAGCUGCGGGAGCAAAUAAAUGGCAUGCAUAUGGCUGCAACUGUAAUACAGUCUCAAUAUCGAAUGUUCAAACAGCAGCAGUACUAUAAAAGGCUAAGAAAGGUCACUAUAGCAGUGCAGCAACGUUACCGUGCAUCUCUGGAAAGGAAUAGACAAAUGCGGCUGUACAAUAAUAUGAGAAGUACAGUCUUUUACAUCCAGUCAGCCUUUCGUGUCAUGAAACUGCGCCAGGAACUUAGGGCAAAGUCUGAAGCCGCCAGCAUCAUUCAGCGUGCUUUCAGGUCCCAUUUGGAAAGACGCAGGUUUCUUGCCCUGAAGAGAGCGGCUGUAACUAUUCAGAAAAGAUUCAAAAUGAAAAAGCUUGCCGAUCACCAAAAACAGGAGUACAUCAGGUUAAAGAAAGUUUCUCUCCUUUUACAAGCUGCAUUCAGGGGUCUCCGGGAGAGAGAGAAGCUUCAGCACUUGAAUUCCUCAGCUACUUUCAUCCAGGCAGCCUUCAGAAUGCACAAAACGCGUGUUGCUUAUCAAAUGAUAAAAUGUGCAUCAGUCACUAUACAGCGGCACUAUAAGGCAUACAGAGUUGCUGUCUAUGAAAGAGAAAUGUUUCUAAAACAGCGAAGAUCAGCGAUAACUAUUCAAGCUGCAUACAGAGGUGCUAAAGUGAGGCAGAAGAUAAGUGAACUGAACAGAGCUGCUUCCAAAAUUCAGUCCACGUUCAGGAUGCACCUGUGUAGAAGAUAUUAUAGGGAAGUGCAAUGGGCAGUGAGUGUGAUUCAGCAGAGAUAUCGUGCAAACAGGAUGAGAGACUCUGAAGUGUUGCGUUUCUGUAUAGUAAAGAAUGCUGCACUUUGCAUUCAAGCCAGUUAUCGAGGCUGGCAUCAAAGAAAAGAGCUGAAAAAUAUGAAGGAAGCAGCCAUGGUAAUCCAGAGACAAUCAAGAACAUAUCUUAAGCAUAAACGAUACCAUUCACUAAGGGCAGCAACUAUCCGUGUGCAGAGACGUUUCAGAGCAACAGUUAGGAUGCGUCCUCAUUAUCACAAGUAUCAGUCGCUGAGAAAAGCUGCCAUCUGUAUACAAGCUUCAUACAGAGGUUUUAAAGUAAGAAAGGCCAUUGAAUUGAAACACACAAUGGCCACCAGAAUACAGUCUGCUUUCAGGAUGCACAGGGCACUGGUUUUGUAUAAGGCCAAACGAGAUGCCACCUUUACAAUUCAGACUUGGUACCGAUCGGUUGUAAAUUGUAAGCGUGCCCGUGCAUCAUUUCUGAAAUUACAUGGCUCUGUGAUAAUUAUCCAAGCAGGUUUUAGAGGAAUGAGGGUGCGUAAGCACAUGCAAACCAUGAAUAAGGCUGCCACCUUAAUACAGUCCACCUAUCGGAUGUAUGUUCAUCUAAAGUUCUACAUGAGUUUGAAAAAAGCUGCUAGAACGGUACAGCAGAGAUACAGAGAGAGGAUAGCAAGAGACAGAGCUUUAUAUUGGUACCAAACUACCAACACAUCUGCAGUAUCACUACAAGCUGCUUUCAUGGGGAUGGAAGUAAGAAGACAGAUACAGAAAAUGCACCAUGCAGCUACAAUCAUCCAGACAUUUGUCCGAUCUUUUCUGCAGAGAAGGACAUAUCUGAAAUGUAGGUCUGCAGCUGUGUGCCUUCAGAGAAAGUACAGGGCUUUGGUUCUGGCCAGAUCGCAACGCUUGGAUUUCCUCACUUGUCUGAAGGCUGCUGUGUGCAUUCAGUCUGCUUACAGAGGGCAUAAAGUAAGAGUAGGACUUGAGCAGAAAAACAGAGCAGCAACUACAAUCCAGUCUAUGUUUAGAAUGCACAGGGUACAUACCACCUAUCAAGCCCAAAGAGCAUCAGCCAUUGUGAUACAGAGGUACUACAGGAGUCACACAAGUGUUUUGCAUAGCAGAGAGUGCCACCUGAAGCUCCGUUAUACAGCUAUUGUUCUUCAGGCCACAUACAGAGGCAUGAGGAGCCGUAAAAGUCUGACAAAGAUGCACGAUGCAGCAACUGUAAUCCAGACCUUUUAUCGUAUGUACAGACAGAAAAAAUCCUACCUAGAUUUAAAACAGGCAGCAAUUAAAAUACAGUUACGUUUUAAAGCAAAUAUUUUAAGGGAUAAGACAAUGGAGCAAUAUAAUACUCUUAGAAAGGCAGUGACACACAUUAAGUUCAUUUUCAGAGUUAUGAAACAGCGAAAAGAAGCAAGGAGAACGGCGGCUGCUCUAGUGAUACAGGCUGCAUGGAAGAUGCAUCAGAAAAGGAGAACCUUUGUUCAGACCAAGACUGCAGUGGUGAUCAUCCAGGCCGCAUUCAGAGGCCAUAGGACAAGAAAAAGGCACAAACUAAAUGAAGUGUCUGCAUGUCACAUACAGAAGUGGUUCAGGAGGUGUCGCCACACUCGUCUGCAAAGAGCCCAAUAUUUAUCCAUGAGGGCAUCUGCUAUUGUAAUCCAAUCUACUUUCAGAGGAUCAAUGGUGCGCAAGCUUGUGCAACAAGAGAGAGCUGCGAGAACCCUGCAGUCUUAUCUACGUAUGGCUAUGUGUCGGAGAAGGUUCUUGCAGCUGAGAGUAUCUACCAUAAAGUUGCAAUCCUAUUACAGGAUGCACAGGACAGUGAAAAUGUACCAGGAGCAGCGAACUUCUGCAGUGAUCCUUCAGCAGUGGUAUAAAUCUCUUAUUGAUAUGAGACGCCAGAGAACAGAGUACUUGGAUAUUCGCAGACGAGUCAUUUGUGUGCAAGCAGAGGUCAGAAGAUUCUGUGCACAAAGGCGUUUCACAAGGACACGGUGUGCUAUAGUAGUGAUCCAGGCUCAUUGGCGGAGAUGUAUACAGAGAAAACUUUUCUUGCACUAUAAAUUCUCUGCACUUACAAUACAACAAAAUUACCGUGCAUACCAACUUAAAAAAAUACAACGCAGCCAUUAUCGAAGACUCAAGACGACUGCCAUUGUUCUACAGUCUAUGUAUAAGGGAUUUCAGACCAGGAAAUUAUUACGAGAAGAGAAAGCUGCUUGUGUGAUCCAGCGAUUCUACAGAUGCUGCGUUAUACGUAGAAAUUACAUUACCCUCACAAGGACUGUCAGGACUCUGCAGACAUAUGUCAGAGCCAAACAGGAAAGAGCCAGGUUUGUUAAAGUUAGAAAGGCCACAGUGCGUAUUCAGAGGAGGUGGAGAGAGACCAUCAUGGCUAGGAAUAUGCGCCAACUGUUUCUCCAGAAGCAAGCAUCUGCCAGAAUACUUCAGUCCAUUUAUAGAGGACAUAUUGUAAGAAGAGAAAUUGAAAAGAAGAAUCGUGCAGCGCAUGUUAUCCAAGUGACAUACAGAGGCUUCCGGGAUCGUUGUCGCUUCCUCCAGUUGAAAGCUGCAGCUGUGACCUUGCAGAGUCGCUUGCGAGCUUUACAUAAGGGCAGAGAUGAGCGUCAUCACUACAUGCAGCUGAGGAACUCUGUCAUUAAGUUGCAGGCCUGUGUGCGAGGCUGGCUAGUCAGAAAACAGAUUGCCCAGCAGAAUAGACGGAGGCUACUUCUGAGAUUCAGUUCCGCUAUUCAUCACCAUCUGUGUGCUGUGAAGAUUCAGAGGUGUUUUCGAGCGCAUUGUGUUCUUAAAAGAGCACGGAAUCAAAUGGACAGUGUUAUUUUCAUUCAGAGAUGGUAUCGGUCAAGAGUACAGCACAGGAUCUUCCUGAUCACCCAACGGAAGGUCAUUUUUCUACAGCAUGUGGUACGCGCUUGGUUAUACCGCAGAAAUGAGGCCGCUACUAACAUCCAGAGAUGUGUGAGAGAUUUCCUUCAACGCAGGAGACAGGCUAAAUUGAAAUGCGGAAUCGUAAAAUUCCAGGCUCUCUGGAGAGGUUACCAGUGGAGGAAAUCCCAUGACACAAAAGUUUUGAAAAAGUUACGCAAACGUCUGCAGAAAGUAAAUGAAGAAACUAAAGAUGAACAUAAACUGUGUAACAGGACAUUGGUUGCCUUGAAUUACCUGCUGACUUACAAGCACCUUUCCUACAUCCUGGCAGCUCUGCAGCAUCUUGAAGUAGCCACCAGACUGUCCUCUGUGUGCUGUGAGAACAUGGCACAGAGUGGUGCUGUAAAUAUAAUCUUUACCCUGAUCCGCAGCUGCAACAGAAGCAUCCCAUGCAUGGAAGUGAUCAAAUUGUCUAUUCAAGUCCUACUUAACUUGUCUAAGUACGAAAGAACAGUAUUGGCUGUCUAUGAAGUGAAUAACUCUGUGGAAAGUCUCCUGGAUUUGAUGCAGAUCUACAGGGAGAAAGCUGGAGACAAAGUAUCUGACAAAGGGGGCAGUAUUUUUACCAAGACCUGCUGCCUUUUAGCAAUCUUUGCACUAAAUUCGCAGAGAGCUCGGGAGAUACGUGCCAUCCCUAAAGCUAUGGAUCGGAUCUGUAGCAUUUACAGGCUGACAGCACGGAAGCACAAAAUGGACACAGCCAGGAAUCUCUGCAAACAGCUCAUGAGCAGUACUCCAGGUCAUGGGUUUGGCGCUCUUCAAGCAACACCAAUCCGGACAAGAAUUGUGUCAAGAAUUAAGCCUGACUGGGUGCUAAGAAAAGACAACAUGAGGGAGAUUGUAGACCCAUUAAAAGCUAUCCAGAUGGUGAUUGCUACCUUUGGAAUGACCGUCUAAACCAAUUAAAGACUGGAAUAUAUUGUGGAAAUGAAUUUCAGUUGAAUUUUACAGAUUGUACUGUAUAUUAAGUGCUUUUUAUAAUGUAAAUUAAUUUUUUUUUAUACUUGUAUACUAUAAGCAGAGUGUUUCCCUCCUCCAGAACUAUUGUUACUAAUCAAAGCUAAAAAUACUGGAUUGGUUUGGACGGCAGGGUUUGUAUUAUAACCACCCGCAAUUCUAUUCUAAUUGUUGCUUGUAAAUAGCUUUUUGUUUUGCUGAUAGUGUACAGUAAAGUACAAAGCCAAGCAUUUCUGAAUGAC